UGGAAGGCUUUCGUGGCGGUUUUGCAGAAAAAUAUCUCGAAAUUAUUUAUCUGACAUGUCUUUAAAAUUUGCUGCCAACUUGUCGUUUAUGUUCCAAGAGGAACAAAAUUUGUCAAAGCGAUAUAGAGCCGCUAAAGAUGCAGGUUUUAAGUUCGUAGAAGUUGGUUUUCCUUAUGAUUGCGGUGAAUCGCUGGAAAGUAUUGUCAAUGCAAAAAAGGAGGCUGGCAUUGAACAAGUGCUUGUCAAUGCUUACCCGGGUGACCUCAAGAAUGGUGAAAUGGGUAUAGCUGCUCUGCCACAUAAACGAAAAGAAUUCCAGGACAAGCUCGAGCUGUCUAUACAGUAUGCCAGAGCUCUAGACUGUAAACGAAUGCAUAUACUGGCAGGACUCCAGCCUGUGUAUGAUGACAAAACUAUGGAAGAAGAAUAUCUAAACAACAUAGAGUAUGCAGCCACUAGGUUACAAAAGGAAGGUAUCUUAGCACUGAUUGAGCCUAUUAACUCGAGGGUUUCGUUCCCAAAAUACUUCUUAUCACAACCAGAAAAAGCUUUGAAAUAUGUAAAGAAAGUGAAUCAUCCAAACCUGAAAAUGCAGUUUGACUUUUUUCAUGUGCAAAUCAUGGAUGGUAAUCUUACAAGUAAAUUAAAAGAAUAUUUACCACACAUCGGACACAUUCAGAUUUCCCAGGUUCCCGACAGAGGGGAGCCUGAUGAUGGGGGAGAGAUUAACUACCGCUACAUCUUCAAAUUGCUGGAAGACUUGCACUAUGAUGGCUACAUUGGCCUUGAGUACAAACCUAGAGGUGACACUGUGGAGGGACUGAAAUGGGUAAAAGAGAUGGGUUAUAGCUUGUAGAAGUGGAUUACGGUUUGACUGGAAAACAUCCUUGUGGAAAACAAGCAAGUGUUUGUAUAGAUGAAACAAAUUGGUUGUUGAUGU